AUGAUACAUUUUAUCCUUUUGCAGAACCGGAUGGGCAAGACAAGGCUUGCCAAGUUUUACGUUCCAUGCGACGACGCCGAACGGGAGAAAACAAAGCGAGAAGUGCAUGCGCUCAUCAAUGGCCGCGAUGCGCGGAUGUCCAACUAUGCCGUCUGUGGCUCCCUAAAACUUGUCUACCGCCGUUAUGCCGGAUUGUUUUUCUGCUUUGGCAUUGAAAAGGACGACAAUGAACUCUUUUACAUGGAAUUUAUUCACCUGAUGGUGGAGGUGCUUGACAUGUUCUUCAGGGACGUUUGUGAGCUUGACCUUGUGUUUAACUUCCACAAAGUCUACCUGAUCAUAGACGAGAUGAUUCUGGCGGGAGAGGUAGAGGAGGUGUCACGCGCUGUCAUCAUGGAUCGUCUCAGGACUCUCGACAUCACAAACACGUGA